AUGGGUGGGUGUAGGAAAGGUUUGUGGGUGUGGGGGGGGGGGGUGUGUUGUGGUUGGGUGAUGGGUUUGGGUUGGUAUGGGUGGUGUGGUAGGGGUUUGUGUGUUUGGGGGGGGGGUUGGGGGGGGGUUGGGGGGGUAGUGGGGGUUGGGGUGGGGGGGGGGGGGUUGGGGGGAUGGUUGGUGUUUGGGGUGGGUGUGGUGGGUAGUGUGGGGGUUUGUGAGAGUGUGGGGUUGGGAUGGGGUUGGGGUGGUUUGUUUGUUUUGUUGUGGUUUGUGUUGUGGGGGUGUGUUUGGUGGGGGGGGGGUGGGGUUAAGAUUGGUUGGGGGUUGGUUAGUGUGGGGGUGUGGUGGUGUAUGAGGGGUUGGGGGUGGGUGGGGGGUAGGGGUAUGGUUUUGUGUGGGAUGAGGGGUGUGUGGUUUGGGUGUGGGGGGGUGAGAUUUUUGUUUGGUGUUUUUUGUUUGUGUUGUUUGGGUGGGGGGGGUUUUAUGGUAGGGUGUUGUUUGUUGGGGGGGGGUGGGGUAUGGGUUGUUGGUGGUGGUGGUGUGUGGGUGAAGAGGGGAUUGUGUAAGUUGUGUUUGGGGUGUGGGAUGAUGGGAUGGGUUGGGGGGGUUGGAUGGGUUGGGUUGGUGGGAGUUGGGGGUGUGAGGAGGGAUGUGAGGAGGGUGGUGGGUGGUGUGGUGGGGGGGUGGGGAUUGGUUGGUGGGGGUUGGGGGGGGGGGGGUGGUGGGGGAGGGUGUAGGGUGGGUGGGUGGUUUUUUUGGUGGGUGAGGGUGGGGUAUAGGGGGUGGUUGGGGGUGUGGGGGUGGGGGUGGGUUUUGGUGAUGGGUGGGGGGGUUGUUGGGGGUUAG